AUGCUUGGUUUCCUUCUAACCAGUAACUUCUUGAGGAUAAUUGGACGUAAGCAUGAUGAUGAAGAAGAUCUCCUCUAUUUCAACUAUGGAGAUGAUAGCUUUUCCACGCGCAAUACAAAAAGACAGGGAGACAAAGGAUCCCCAUAUCGAAGACCACGACAAGCAGAAAAGGCUUCUAUGUUUUUGGCAUUUCAUAUAAUAAAAAGAGAUAGCUUGGAAGUGGAAAGGCUUGGAAUUCAGGGACGAACAGAUCCCACUAUGGUUUCAAGAGAAGAGGACUAUGAUAGAAGUUCUGAAAUGGGAUUUUUUGGUCUUUUUGUGGUGGCGUUAAUGCCAGUUCUGAAAGUACUCUUGAUUACUGGAACUGGCUUGUUUCUUGCUCUUGAUCGUAUCGAUCUUUUGGGAUCGAUUGCAAGACCCUACUUAAAUAAUCUUGUAUUCUACGUGUUCAGUCCAUCACUUGUGUCUAGUCAGCUUGCUGGAACUAUCACUCUUGAAAGUUUGGCUACCUUAUGGUUCAUGCCAGUGAAUAUCCUUCUGACGUUCAUAAUUGGCUCUAUACUUGCUUGGAUUCUCAUUAAAAUCACUAGAACUCCACCACACCUCCAAGGCCUUGUCAUUGGUUGUUGUUCUGCUGGAAAUUUAGGUAACCUGCUUCUCAUUAUUGUUCCUGCCGUCUGCAAGGAGUCAAAUAGUCCAUUUGGAGAUUCAGCUGUCUGCUCUACUUAUGGAAUGGCUUAUGCUUCUCUUUCUAUGGCUGUUGGAGCUAUUUACAUAUGGACAUAUGUUUUUAUUAUCAUGCGGAUAUAUGCUGAUACUGAGAGUGCUGAACCUGUGGAUAAAAAUGAACCAAUAAUGGAUUCUGAAAGUUACAUAGAACCCUUGCUUCCUUCAAGCAAAGCCUCUGGCUGCAAUGAUCAUUCUGUUCAAGCUGAACUUCCUCACACUAUGUCUGAGGGAAAACUGACAUUUGUGGGGAGGACUUUCGGUCUUGUCAAAAAAUUUGCAGCAAAUAUCAACCUCAAGAAGGUGUUUGCACCAGCUACAAUUGCUGCGAUUUGUGGGUUUAUCAUUGGGACAGUCUCUCCACUCCGAAAGCUGAUGAUCGGUGAUAGUGCUCCUCUUCGAGUGAUUCAUAGCUCUGCAUCUUUGCUAGGAGAGGCAUCAAUUCCAUGUAUGGCCCUGAUAGUGGGAUCAAACCUUCUUAAAGGUUUAAAAAGAUCAGGAGUAAGUGUAUCAGUCAUUGCAGGGAUAGUAGCAGUGCGGAAUAUUUUCUUGCCACUUAUAGGCAUUGGUAUCGUUAAAGCAGCAAACCAUUUCGGCUUGGUUGGCUCAGAUUCUUUAUAUCAGUUCAUUCUUAUGCUUCAGUAUGCACUUCCACCAGCAAUGGCCAUAGGGGUUAUCGCACAGCUUUUCAAGGCUGGAGAGAGUGAAUGUUCUGUCAUUAUGCUGUGGUGCUAUGCUGUGUCUGCCUUUUCUCUUACCCUUUGGUCGACCUUUUACAUGUGGCUUCUGGAGUAA